AUGAAUGAACAAUCAGCUACUCGAACAAAAGAGCUGAUAUUGGGGUACUCCCCGUCAGAUCUAUCUUUAUUCAGCCCGUCGUCGUUUCUACAUAGUUUUGACUUUAUUAAUUUCAACAACAAUCCCACAGUUCUGUCACAAUCCAAGAAGUACAAACUCACAAUUCCCCAUCCAUUGUACUCUAAAUAUGGUAAUGCUUUGAAUCCAGAGUUUGCUUACGUUGUGGGAGAAAUUAUUACUUUAUUUUUUGGUAUUCUCCUAGCAUUUAGGUUAUUGAAAUUGCUUUUAAAACUGAGGAAGCAAUCUGUCAUAAAGGCACCUAGGCCAGCUCUUCAGAGUUUCAAAAUAAUGUUGAUCUUAGCUCAAGUGUCUUUUUUGGUUCUGCUUUGGUUCUUGACUAAAUUACCAGUCCUUUUUGCAUUGAUUUCAACUACAGCACUAGCACUUGUUGUCGCAAGCAUUGAAUUUAGAGUCUCACCUGUCCCAGUUGCUGAAUCAUUAUUGUUUUGGAUUACGAAUUCAGCAUAUUUAUUUGCUGUAUUUGUUCAAGACUCAGUUUCGAAACAUAAAAUUUUUGGCCCUAAUGGUCCAUCAUUCAUUUUGGAAGUAUUUUUAGUUGUCACCAGUUUGUCCGUUUUCAUUUUGGAGGUUGGUUAUUACAAGCCCGGAUUUGAUGACUCUAGCCUACCAUUUAUGGAAAAAGUGAAUUUGUUUUCGUACAUUACUUUUUACUACCUACAACCACUAAUAGACCAGAUAUAUAAGACCAAUGAUGUCAAGUUCGAAGACUUGCCAAAAGUACUAGGCAAACUUUCAUGUGAUGAAACUAAACCAAGAGUUAUUAAGCACUGGGAUGUACAAAGGGCCAAAGCCAAAAAUAAACCUAGCUGGGUAGCAAAGUUGUGGGCUCUUAUUAGAAGAAAGAAGGUCGAGAACAAGCCAAAUUUGUUUGCUGCUAUAUUUGGCGCUUUUGCCUCCGAAUUUUACAAGAAUUUUGUUCUAAACGUUAUCCAAACUGCUUUGGUUUUUGCCCAACCGUUUGUUUUGAGAAAGUUUAUCCAGUUCUUCACUGCUUACUUUUAUAACCACGAAAAACCUCCAAUAAUCAUCGGGUACUUCUGGGCAGCCACGAUGUUUGCAAUUUCCUGCACAAAUUUUAUCACAUUCAACCAAGCAUUUACCUUGCAAUUCAAUAUCGGGGCUGGUAUCCAGUCGUCCUUGACAACAAUCAUUUACGAAAAAGCGUUACGCUUAUCGCCACAAUCACGCAAAAACAAGCCUACUGGUGACAUUAUCAACCACAUUACCAUGGACAUUGACAUUAUUUUCUGGUUUUGCUGGAGUCUUGGGGAAUUUAUCUCAGCACCGUUAAAAUUGGUUGUUUGUUUAUUUUCCUUGUACCAAUUGUUUCGUAAUGCUACUUGGGCCGGUGUUUUAACUGCCACAAUUGUCACACCAUUGGCCACUUAUGUCAAUGCUUCCAUGUCAAAGAAUUACAUUCAAUUAAUGAAGGAUAAGGAUGACAGAACAAGUUUGAUUACGGAAAUUUUGAACUCGGCAAAGAGUAUAAAGUUCUAUUCGUGGGAGAAACCAAUGUUGGAACGUUUGAGUCAUGUGCGUAAUGAUAGGGAGUUGACCAACAUCAAGAAGAUUGGUGUUGUCAGUGCCUUGGCCCAGUUCUUAUGGUCCUGUAUUCCAUUCUUUGUCAGUUGUGCAACCUACGCAGCUUAUUCUUAUUUCUACAAAGUUCCUUUAACUCCAGAUAUUGUUUUCCCAGCAUUGGCGUUGUUUGACUUGUUAUCUGAGCCUAUGUUGUUGAUUCCCAACUUUAUUGUUGAUAUAAUUGAAGUUUCGACUUCGUUGUCACGUAUCGGUGAGUUACUUUGUCUAGAUGAAUUGGCCGACGAUCAGAAUGGCCAUGUGAAGAGAGAUUUAAAUGGAAAAGACAAUGCUGAAGAUUCUGUUAUUGUGAAAAAUGCAACCUUCAUUUGGAAUGCAAAUACAGACGAUUCACUGGAGUACAGAGAUGAAGAGAGUGAAAUUCAAGAAACUCCAACUACAAACAUUGCUUUAAAAGAUAUCAGCUUUGUUGCUAAAAAGAGCAAACUAACAUGUAUUGUUGGAAAAGUUGGUAGUGGGAAGUCAUCAUUAAUCAAGGCUAUCUUGGGUGAUAUUCCAAUCCAGAUUCCAGCAUUUUCCGAUGAAAGUUCAGCUCCUUCCCCAAGCGUGGAGACAUUUGGAUCGAUCGCAUAUUGUCCGCAAAACCCAUGGAUCUUGAAUGGUACAGUUAAGGAAAACAUUUUGUUUGGUCAUAAAUACGAUUCCGAGUUUUACAGAAAGACGAUCAUUGCUUGUGAGUUGGUAUCAGACUUUAAGAAUUUGCCUGAUGGAGACCAAACUGUCGUUGGAGAAAAAGGGAUAUCAUUAAGUGGUGGCCAAAAGGCGCGUAUUUCCUUGGCAAGAGCUGUAUAUGCAAGAGCUGACAUAUAUCUUCUUGAUGACGUGUUAUCUGCUGUUGAUGCUCAUGUGGGCAAAAACUUGAUUAAGCAAGUUUUAUCUGAUACUGGUAUUAUUGGUGACAGAACUAAAGUUUUGGCCACAAAUUCCGUUCCUGUUUUGCAUGAAGCCAAUGACAUUUAUCUUUUGGCAGGUGGUGCAGUGAUUGAGCAUGGUAAUUACAGCACUGUUAUGAAAAGCAAAGGAGCUUUGGCAUCUUUGAUUAAAGAGUAUGGAAGGAAAAAAGAAGAUAAAGAUGAGGGUACGUCUGAUGAGCCAGUGCCAGAGCACACUUCGCUGGAAGAAUUGGUAAAUGCUACACCAGUAGAUCCAAAACAGGCACUCCAAACCGAAGACUUGGUGGAUGAGAUCGUUGACUAUGUCGGAGAAGAAAAUAGGGGUGUUGUCCAACAAUCAGUAUUGCGUCGUGCUUCAUUGGUAUCAUACAAUCACUCUUACGACAAAGAUGAAGAGGAACAAGACGGAGUUGUUAGGAAAACGGGACACACCGAGGAAGAAACACGGAAGGGUACUGUUCCAUGGGAUAUUUUCAAGCAAUACAUUGUCGCCUGUGACUACAAGUAUUUUUCCAUCUACGUAAUAGGUACUUUGUUAACCUUGCUAAUCACCGUUGGUGAGAAGUAUUUAUUGAGUUACUGGUCAGGACUAAACAAGGAAGAGAAUAAGACGGUUAAUCCUACUUUCUUCUUGGGUCUUUAUGCAGCAUUUGGUGUCCUUUCCGGUUUAUUGACAUACUUGACUGCCCUUGUUAUUUGGGGAUAUUGUAUUGUAAAAGGAGCUGCUUAUUUCCACAACAAGAUGGCAAACUCGGUCUUGCAUUCGCCGAUGUCUUUCUUUGACACAACUCCCGUUGGUCGUAUUUUGAACAGGUUUACUGAGGAUAUUGGUAAGAUCGACAUGCAUUUUCCAUGGAUGUUAAUAGGUUUCAUCACUACGGUACUCAACGGGUUAGUUACAUUUGGAGUCAUAUUUUAUUCGCUUCCUGCAAUGUUUUUUGUUAUUGCUGGUUUAUUGUUUGUUUACAAUUACUUCAGAGUUAGGUUUAUUCCAACAGCAAGAGAGUUAAAGCGAAUCGAGUCUGUCGCCAAGUCUCCAGUUUUGGCCACUAUACAAGAAUCAAUCAAUGGUGUUGAAACCAUCAAGGCAUUUCUUCAACGUGACAGAUUUGUUCACAAGAGCAAAAAGUUUGUCGACGACAAAGCAUUAAUUGGAGUUGUUAUCCAAUACUGUAACAGAUGGUUAUCCAUGAGGUUGCAAUUCAUUUCGUCUAGUAUUAUGUUUUGCACAGCAUUAUUGGCAGUGGUCAGUUUAGGUGGUAAGCAUCCCAUCUUGCCAAGUGUUUUGGGGUUUGUAAUGACGUAUUCAUUGACUAUUACUUAUAUUUUGAAUUCGGUGGUUAGAUACUGGGCUGAUAUGCAAUCUGGUGGGGUGGCUAUUGAAAGAAUUAUUGAGUAUUGUGAUUUACCCUCUGAAGCACCAAUGAUUAUUGAAGAAAAGAGACCAGAAAAGACAUGGCCAGCUCAUGGUGUUGUUAAUUUCAAAAAGUACAGCACUGCUUAUAGAGCGCAUUUAGACCCCGUGUUGCGUGAAAUAGAGUUGACUAUUGCAUCAAAAGAAAAAGUGGGUAUUGUUGGAAGAACAGGUGCUGGAAAAUCAUCGUUGACUUUGGCCUUGUUCAGA